ACACUAGUUAAUCUUAUGCUAGGCUACUAUAUGCUUAUGUGUAGAGGUAACUGCUGUUUUGUAGAGAUCUUAGACCUAUUUACUUUUAAGUUUAAAAGAAAAAGCCUUAUGCGCUACAUACCUCUAAUAUUUACUACUUAUGUAAGUAAGCAGAACUAG